UAAUAUUUAUUAAAACACUACCACUUACCCACUGAUUGCUAUUUGUCAAGCUGUAUUAUAGGCUAUUCUCUCAUUUAAUUUUUACUAUGCUCUGAUGGCUAUGUAUUUUUCUGUUUUACAAAUGAAAACACUAAAGCUCAGAGAAGUUAAGUGAUUUGUCCAAAGCCACACAGCGAAGCCGGGUUCGAAUCCAAUUACUUUUUAAUUCUAAAAUCACUUCUAACCAUCUUGCUACACCAUCUCUCUAACGGUCCUAUAUAGUUAAAAUGUGAGCAGCAUUCCUCUCCGCCGAAAAACUGAACAAACUGUACCAGCCGCGGGUACAACUAGAACAGAGGUCACUAAAAUGGCGGCUCCCUGCUGGGCACUGGCUCCCUUACGUCAUCACACUGCGCGACCGUCUCGCGCCCCACGUGCGAGUAGAGCCGACUGGCGGACGGUGGAGUGUCAGGCCGGGGACGACGUGCCCUGUUCUUCCGCGGCGCAAGAUGGCGCUGCCUUUUGCACGUUCGCUUUGUCUGUGCCGCUGCGGGGCCAAACGAUUGGGGGUUGCUGCCGCGGAAGCCCGCAGAGGCGUCAGUUUCAAACUGGAAGAAAAAACCGCCCACAGCAGCCUGGCACUCUUCAAAGGUGACACAGGUGUCAAAUAUGGCAUGGUGGGAUUGGAGCCCACCAUAUUGGCCCCGAAUGUGGAGCGCUUCCGGGAGUGGGCAGUGGUGCUGGCAGACACAGUGGUCACCAGUGGCAGGCACUACUGGGAGGUGACAGUGAAGCGCUCCCAGCAAUUCCGGAUAGGAGUGGCAGAUGUGGACAUCUCUCGGGAUAGCUGCAUCGGUGUUGACGAUCGUUCCUGGGUAUUCGCCUAUGCCCAGCGCAAGUGGCACACCAUGUUGGCCAACGAAAAAGCCCCUAUUGAGGGCAUCGGGCAUCCAGAGAAGGUGGGGCUGCUGCUGGAGUAUGAGGCGCAGAAGUUGAGCCUGGUGGAUGUGAGCCGGAUCGCUGUGGUCCACACGCUACAGACAGAUUUCCGGGGUCCAGUGGUGCCUGCCUUUGCCCUUUGGGAUGGAGAACUGCUGACCCACUCAGGGCUUGAGGUGCCUGAGGGCCUCUAGUAUGUCCAUCACUGGAGUCCCUAAUCACACACUUGGCCAGCCUCCUGCUCAAAAUGUAUGAAAUGUUUUAACUUUGCCUCAAUCUCUAGCUCCCACAAUUCAGUGUCGGGUCCUCUGUGCAAUAUCUUAGUCAUCUUCCUCUCCCCUACCCUGUGAAAGCUAGACAUACAGCCUCCCUCUCCCUUCCCCCAAACUACUGCCAAUUUUUCUAGGCUACCAUGAAUGUACUUUCCCUGACUUGUUUACUUUAGUCCCUUUGACUCCCUGUGCCCAGGCCUUUCUCAGACUAUUCAGUCCCGGGGUCUUACCUUCCAGCUUUGUUUGAAUUUAUUCAUCACUGUGAUACCGUUCCCUCCCUUUGAUCACUGUAACUUCUGUGUGUCUUUGGGGCUCUAUCGAAUCUCUCCAGAGUAAAUCUACCUCUGGCUG